ACGAAUGCGAUCAGAUUUUCAAAUCCAUUCGAUGUAUGUGUCUAAACCAGAACCUAAUGCCCGAGUCAUCAUGUCAUUUCGAAACAACAGCACAAGACAACAAAAAAAAGAACAAUGGGUUCCAUAA